ACUCUUCUUUCUUUUUCUCCUGACUUAAUCAGUGAAUGUCAUUCACUCUCACUGGUCAUUGUACACGCUCAUUCUUCUUUGGCUUGUCUCUUCCACAUACACUCUAAAAGGGAUGGCUCCGACUUGUCCAAAUUACGACCUGGAGGCCACAGAUCCAAGCCAGUUCUAUGAUGGUCAUAGUAUUACAUGGAAGCGCCAUUACAUUGGAUGGGGCAUUGCGGGAAUUUGUACUUUCCUUUCGACCGUCAUUUCGUUCCGUCUACUCUAUAAACAUGCUCGCAAUUAUACAAAGCCAGCAGAGCAGCGGCAUAUUAUGCGAAUUGUGCUUAUGAUACCCAUUUACUCUUUCAUUUCAUUUCUCUCUUACCGGUUUUACAAGCAAGCCAUCUACUAUGAGACAAUUCGCGAUUGCUAUGAGGCUUUUGUGAUCCACUCCUUCUUUAUGCUUCUACUCACCUAUCUCGGCGAAGACACAGAAGUACGCAAAUCCCGUAUUAAUGCAGGACCCGAGCGUAUGAAGCUGGUUUUUCCUCUCAACUGCUGGUAUUAUAAUCCUCAAGGCGAGCUGUUCUUACGCAUGAUGUCAUAUGGAGUACUUCAGUAUGUAGUCGUGAAGCCUGCAACAACGAUCGCGGCAGUAAUAUUAGAGUAUAAAGGCCUUUAUUGCGAAACCAUGUAUAGUUUUGCAUAUGGAAAGGUUUAUAUUACUAUCAUCAACUUUAUCUCGGUCACUAUUGCCAUGUAUUUUCUGGUCGUAUUUUACGUUACAAUCAAGUCAGAGAUUCAAGAACAAAAACCUUUUUUGAAAUUCCUAUGUGUUAAGCUGGUGAUUUUCUUUUGCUUCUGGCAAACAUGUUUGCUCAGCUUGAUAGGUCAUUUUGACGUAUUCAAGGCGACGGAGUAUUGGAGCGUGAAUGAUAUUGAAAUGGGUAUCAAUGGAUUACUAGUAUGUGUCGAAAUGGUGGUCUUCGCCAUUCUCCAUGUUUACUCCUUCUCCUAUAUCCCAUAUAUCUCUAAUGUGACUACAUCUGUCUGCAAAUCCCUCCGAGACGGGUUCAAUCCAAUCGAUUUAUUUCGGGAAAUCGGGUGGGCAUGCAAAGAUAUUAUCCUUAUUAUCAUGGGUAAACCAUUACCUACACGAGAUGGUCAUCUCAGUGGGGCUGUCAAGCGUGCCCAGACUGUCCGGACAAAAGCUAGACUGUUUAGGAAAAAACGCAAAAUGGAACAGGCCUCAUUAUCGUCCUCACCCCCUGAUGCUAACGUGGACCCUUCAACUUUGGAAGCAGGGGGCAGAUUUAUAAACAGAGGAGAUCAGAUCCUUACUGCUGAUGCACAACGCCAGAAUGUGCCGUUAUUAAGCCAUGUGGAUGGAGCAAGCCUCUAUGAGAUGCAGGAGCUAGAGCAUGCAAACCAACGGGCGCGAUUUUAGUAGUGGAAACAGUCUCAACUACAAUAUUUAUAGAAAUUAUGGAACCAAUAUCAGUAGCCUUUUGUAUCCAGAGUAGUAGAUCGGUAUCAAUAUUGUUAUUAU